AUGGGGGCCGGGGGGCGCCCCCCGCACCCCUCGGACAACGCCCGGCUGCGCUGGAGGCUGCCCGGGAGCCAUGAGCGGACGGGCCCGCGCGCGGGCGCGAGGCUGGGGCGCAGUGCGGACGCCGGGGAGGCGGAGGUGGGGCGCCCCGGGGCCACGCCGUCGGGGGGCACAGCGCCCUCCUGCGAGCCGACCGCCCUGGCCCCGGGGGACAGAGAGGCGCCGCCGGGCAGCGGCUUCGGGGAGCGAGCCCGCGGGGUGCCAUCCAGCGCCCUUGGGGACGGCUCCCCAGAUUCUUGGGCGCAGGGGCGGGAGCCCCCCGCUCCCCCGGGGCAUGCCCACCCGCCCCCUCCAGCCGGGGUGAGCGUCACCCCACACUCUGGCCUUGGGGGCCGGGAUUCCGGCUGCGGGUCUGGGAACAGACGGCGCGUGGUCAUCGCUCUCCCGUUCACUGCAGCCGAAGGAGGCGUUUGCCCGGGGGAGGCCGGACGUCCGUCCCUGGACAGAGGUGGAAACGCCAGCCCCGACGAGCUCGCGGGCAUCUGUACCCGGGAGAAGAUGCCCCACGUGAGGGCCUGCAAGAGAGGGUCCAGUGGGAUCCCCGUGAGACUGGCCACCAACCUCUUCAGCCUGGACCUGCCGCAGGACUGGCAGCUGUACCAGUACCACGUGGCCUACAGCCCGGCCCUGGACUCCCGCAGGCUGCGGACCGCCCUGCUCUACGGCCACAGCGCGCUCUCGGGCAAGGCCAAGGCCUUCGACGGGGCCACCCUCUUCCUGUCACAGAAGCUCCAAGACAAGGUCACGGAGCUGACCAGCCUCACGCAGAGAGGCGAGACCGUGAAGAUGACGGUCACGCUGACCGGGACGCUGCCCGCGCACUCGCCCGCCUGCCUGCAGGUCCUCGGCGUCAUCUUCAGGAAGAUCUUGAAAAAGCUGUCCCUGUACCAGAUCGGACGGAACUUCUACGACCCCUCGGAGCCCGUGGACAUUCCCCAGCACAAGCUGUCCCUCUGGCCCGGCUUCGCCGUCUCCGUGUCGCGGUUUGAGAGCCAGCUGCUGCUCCGCGCCGACGUCAGCUACAAGGUCCUGCGGAACGAGACGGUCCUGGAGUCCAUGGCCGGCCUCCGCCUCUCCGCGGGCGAGUCCGGCUUCACCCAGGCGUGCGAGAGGCAGCUGGUGGGGCUGGUGGUCCUGACCAGGUACAACAACAGGACCUACCGCGUGGACGACAUCGACUGGUCCGUGAGGCCCACGCACACCUUCCGGAGGCGGGACGGCGCCGAGCUGUCCUACGUGGAGUACUACCGCCAGCAAUACGACAUCAGGGUGUCUGACCUGGAUCAGCCCGUGCUCGUCAGUCGGCUGAAAAGCAAGAGGCCCGAGGACUUGGAGCCCCGCCUGGCCCACCUGCUGCCUGAGCUCUGCUUCCUGACAGGGCUGGGCGGCCAGGCCACCGCCGACUUCCACAUGAUGAAGGCCGUGGCCGAGCAGAUGCGCCUGAGUCCUCUGGAGCGGCAGCAGCGCCUGGCCCGGCUUGCGGACAACCUCCAGAGAAACAAAGAGGCGCGGUUCGAGCUGGAGACCUGGGGGCUGCGUCUGGGGAGCCAGGUGUCGCUGACCGGCCGGGUGGCGCCCGCAGAGAAGAUCCUCGUGGGAGACCAGGUGCGCCUCCCCGCGGCCGCGGCCGACUGGUCCAAGGACAUCCGCGCCUGCCGGCCCCUGAGCGCCCGGCCGCUGAGCCAGUGGCUGUUCGUGUGCAGUGACCGAGCGGAAGCAGCGGCCCAGGGCUUCCUGCACUGCCUGAGAAGAGCUGGCGAGGACAUGGGGGUCCGCGUGGACCCCCCCAGAGUCGUGAAAGUGCAGGAGCACCCGGCCGCGUUCCUGCGCGCGAUACAGAGACACGUCACCCCUGAGGUCCAGCUGGUGAUGUGUGUCCUGCCGUCAAGCCGGGGCAGCUACUACGAGUCCAUCAAGAAGUACCUGAGCUCGGACGUCCCCGUGCCCAGCCAGUGUGUGCUGGCGCGGACCCUGGGCAGGCCGGGCGUGAUGGCAGGCGUGGCCACCAGGGUCGCCAUGCAGGUGACCUGCAAGCUGGGCGGCGAGCUGUGGGCCGUGGAGAUCCCCCUGCGCUCCCUGAUGGUGGUGGGCGUCGACGUCUGCAGGGACGCGCGCGGCACGGGGACGGUGGUGGUUGGACUCGUGGCCAGCAGCAACCCACAAGUGACCAGGUGGUUCUCCCGCUGCGCCCUCCAGACCUCAGCGGCCGACGUGGCAGACUGCCUGAGAGCGCUCAUGAGCGGCGCGCUCAACAGCUGGUACCAGCGCAACCACAGCCCACCUGCUCGCAUCGUGCUGUACCGGGACGGCGUGGGGGACGGCCAGCUGAGGACGGUGCUGGAGUACGAGGUGCCGCAGCUGUUGAGCAGUGUGACCGCGUCGGCCACGAGCCCCAGCCCCAGGCUGUCGGUGGUGGUGGUCAGGAGGAGGAGCGCGCCGCGCUUCUUCGCCGAGCUGGGCCGCAGCGUCCAGAACCCCCCGCUGGGCACCAUCGUGGACACGGAGGCCACGCGGCCAGACUGGUACGACUUCUACCUGGUCAGCCAGGCGGCCUGCCGGGGCACGGUGAACCCCACCCACUACAACGUCAUCUACGACGACAACGGCCUGAGGCCCGACCACAUGCAGAGGCUGACGUUCAAGCUGUGCCACCUGUACUACAACUGGCCGGGCGUGAUCGGCCGGCCGGCCCCCUGCCAGUACGCGCACAAGCUGACCUUCCUGGUGGCGCAGAGCAUCCACCGGGAGCCCAGCCUGGAGCUGGCCAACUCGCUCUUCUACCUGUGA